AUGGUGGCGGAGCAGUUGGGCAUGGAGGGGGAGGGGGGGUACAUCUCCCAUCCUUAUAUCGAGGACAUCAAGCUGCAUCACCUCACGCAGGAGAUUCAGAGCAACCAGGCCCCCUGUCUCUUUCCACCCCCCUCUCCCCCCACUCUCCCCAUGCCUCUCAACCACCCACUCACCUCUGCCUCCCAUCCCCUCAGCCGUCUCCCCUCUCCUCCAAUGCGGUCAAGGCUCGUCUGCGCAUAUCAGACGACACGCCGCCCUUCAGCCCGCCCGAGGGUUAGCCCCAUGUGCAGUCAUGCCCCCCUCUCCUUUCCACCCUCUUCCUCUCUCCCAUUAUCCCCCUCCCCUUCAAAUCCCUCCAGCCGUCCCCCCUUUCCUCCAACGCCCUCAAGGCCCGUCUGCGCAUAUCAGACGACAUUCUGCCCUUCAGCCUCAGCAAUGGGGCAGCAACCAGAGUGCAUUCACGCCACUCCUCUCUCUUCCCACCAUCUCUCCCACGCUCACCCCUCCCUCCCCUCCACCAGCCGUCCCCCCCUUUCCUCCAACGCGCUCAAGGCUCGUCUGCGCAUAUCAGACGACAUUCUGCCCUUCAGCCUCAGCAUGGGGCAGCAACCCAGAGUGCAUUCACGCACUCCUCUCUCUUCCCACCAUACUCUCCCCCACGCUCACCCCCCCUCCCCCCCCCACCAGCCGUCCCCCCUUUCCUCCAACGCGCUCAAGGCUCGUCUGCGCAUAUCAGACGACAUUCUGCCCUUCAGCCCGCCCGUGGGUCCCGCGCUCUUGCCCUCGCCCACCUCCUCCUCUGCUGCUUGCUGCCUCCUCCUCCUCCUGGUCUGCAGGGCGGCCACAAGCUCGACAAGAC